AUGGCAACUCCACGCUUCAGAUGCGUGAUUUGUAACACCACUGAUGCAAAACGCCGCAGCAGCUGUCUAUCAACAGCAUACUGCUCCCACGCCUGCCAGAAGAAAGACUGGCCUCUCCAUAAAACAAUUUGCAAGGACUUCACUACGACCCUCGAGUCUCCUCCACCUUCCCCAAGACACAUUCUGUAAGUCCAUCUCCCUUUGCAGCGAUUUACAAUCCUCACCCCUACUCGCCGCCAUAACCUGUCCCAAAAGCUAAAACCCCUCACCAGCGCAAUCCACCUCCCAGUCUCCUCUCCCACCCCAACCCUCGUCUGGGUAGCCCUAUCUCCCGGCGGCAGUCCCGGCGCCAUCCUCUCACUCCCCUCCGACCCAGAAGCCGACCGUGACUGUCCCGGCACCGAAAGCGUCUUCAUAACCUCCAACAAGCUGCGGAACUUCAACCUCGCAAAUACCGUUGCGAUCAAAACACGAUGCAACUUCCUGUACGAUGAAUCCCCAAGGAACGAGUGUGUUUGGGCCCAGACGAAGGGCGCUGUUACCUAUGACUGGAGAGGCCCGAUGGCGAUCAUGCGAAUGACUAAUGGGGAGUAUAUUGAUGUCAAGCCGGAGGACUUGAGGACUGUGGUGGAUUGGAUGGUCUGGUAUAUGAGGGAUUUGAAGUGA